GCAGCCCCGCGCGUCCGGCCGCCGCCCGCGCCCAUCAGGCAGCCGCGUCGGAGCCACACCGCGGGACAGCCCCGGCCGCGGUGCGCCCCGGCCCGACCUAGCCCAGCGCCGUCCCAGCACCGGGCGGCCGGGUGGCCGGCCCGCCCCCGAGGGCACCGGGCGCGGCGGGAGGAUGCCGAAGCCGACGCUGCUGCUGCGCGGGGGCUGGGAGCGCGAGCGCAGCCCCGGGGACUCGGAGCUGGGCCGCCAGUUCCGGGACUGGUGCCUGCGCACCUACGGCGACUCGGCCAAAACCAAGACGGUGACACGCAGCAAAUACCAGCGGAUCGCCGAGGUCCUGCAGGGCGGCGGCGGCGGGACCGGCGCGGGCAGCGGCCCCGCGGCCGGCGAGAAAGGCAAGUUCCAGUUCUGGGUGCGCUCCAAGGGCUUCCGCCUGGGCAGCGGCCGGGAACCCAAGAUGGGCCAAGUGGUGUAUGUGCCGGUCAAGACGGGCUCGGGGGCAGAUGGCCUGUCGGAGCCUGAGGGCAUCUCUCUGAAGCGGGUCGCUGUGGUGGAAGAUUUCUUUGACAUCAUCUACUCGAUGCACGUGGAGAGCUCGGCGGAGCCAGGCAAAGCCCCCAAGCACGCCGGGCAGAAGAAAACCUACCGCGCGAUCGCAGAGACCUAUGCCUUCCUCCCGAGAGAGGCGGUCACGCGGUUCCUGAUGAGCUGCACCGAGUGUCAGAAGAGGAUGCACUUUAACUCCAAUGGCCUGGAGCCUAAAGAAAGUGAGCCCCCGUCUCCUCUGGUGUCUGGCAUCAUCGAUUACAACAUGCCCUUGACCUCCACGUACCUGAAGCAGAUGAAGCUACGGGUCAUGAACUCCCAGGAGCAGGAUGAAACCUCAGUGAGCAGUGGAGAUUUUGAUAUGAGCGACUCCACAUGGAUGUCAGCUGAACCACACCUGGCCUCCAGCCUGAGUCCCAGCCAGGACGAAAGGAUGCGGAGCCCGCAGAACCUCCACGGCCAUGAAGAUGACGACUCCUCCUCCGAGAGCGGCAGCGGCCAUGGCUCUUCCACCCUGAACCCGUCCACAUCGAGCAGCACUCAGGGUGACCCUGCCUUCCCCCAGACGAAUGGCAACGGUGCUGCCGCCCCUAUGGAUUUUGCCUCGGCUGCGGAAGACCAACCCAUCAACCUGUGUGACAAGCUGCCCUCAGGCUCAGCCCUUGGCACGCCUUCCUACCCCUCAGAUGGCUGCGGCUCCGACGGGCUGCGGAGCCGGGUCAAGUACGCGGUGAAGACCACCCCUGAGUCUCCCCCCUACAGCUCUGGGAGCUAUGAUUCUAUCAAGACGGAGGUCAGCGGCUGCCCUGAGGACCUGACGGUGGGCAGGGCCCCUGCGGCUGACGAUGACGACGACGACCAUGACGACCAUGAGGACAACGACAAGAUGAACGACCCUGAGGGCAUGGACCCUGAGCGUCUCAAGGCCUUCAACAUGUUUGUGCGUCUCUUUGUGGAUGAGAACCUGGACCGCAUGGUGCCCAUCUCUAAGCAGCCCAAGGAGAAGAUCCAGGCCAUCAUUGAAUCCUGCAGCCGUCAGUUCCCCGAAUUCCAGGAGCGCGCACGCAAGCGCAUCCGCACAUACCUCAAGUCCUGCCGGCGCAUGAAGAAGAACGGCAUGGAAAUGACCAGACCCACGCCUCCCCACUUGACCUCAGCUAUGGCCGAGAACAUCCUGGCAGCUGCCUGUGAGAGUGAGACCAGGAAAGCAGCAAAGAGAAUGCGCCUGGAGAUCUACCAAUCCUCGCAGGACGAGCCCAUAGCCCUGGACAAGCAGCACUCCCGGGACUCCGCCACCAUCACCCACUCCACCUACUCACUGCCAGCCCCCUCCUACUCCCAGGACCCUGUGUACGUCAACGGCAGCCUCAACUACAGCUACCGUGGCUAUGGGGCCUUGAGCAGCAACCUGCAGCCCCCUGCUUCCCUUCAGACAGGAAAUCACAGUAAUGGGCCCACGGACCUCAGCAUGAAAGGUGGGGCCUCCACAGCCUCCACCACGCCCACGCCCACACCCUCCACCAACAGCACCAGCAGGACCAUGUCGUCGGCACAGCUAAGCCCCACGGAGAUCAGCGCCGUGCGGCAGCUCAUUGCUGGCUACCGCGAAUCUGCGGCCUUCCUGCUGCGCUCUGCAGAUGAACUGGAAAACCUCAUCCUACAGCAGAACUGACAGCACUGUUGGCCGGUGUGCACCGCGCCUGUGGGGAGGCGGCCGGCCCGGCCCCCGCUUCCCGCCUCGCCACUUGGUACAUUUGUUCUCGCAAAGAGGUGGGAUCCAGAGCGCCGAUUCUAGCCACACUCCAAGCACCUGAGACUUUGGGCACAAAGACACUUUUUUUGGAAUCUCAUCACACGGGUGCUCUGACCUGCUUGGAAGAGGCCGACAGGGCAGCCUCUGGAGGGGCUAGGGCUGCAGCUCCCCUAGAAUCACCUUCGUGGACCCUGAUGUUAGAACCCCACUCCCAGAUAAUUACCUUUCAAGUCUUAGGUGAGCAGAAUUGCAUAUUUAUUGAGAAAAACAAAGUGGACCCUUUCUUCCUCUCCCCUUAGUAAUUUAUUUUUCUGAAAAUGGAUUCUUUGUGUUUGUACAGAUUGCCAGUCUGUGUCUGUCUGAUCAGAAGGAUGUACACCCCUCGCCCCGACAUUCCAUAUCACUACACUGGCGCAGGCUGGGGGCCGGGUUGUCCUGUGCAGGUCCCCAUGCUGCCCCAGGGACACCGCCAAGCAGGAGGACCAGACCCACCCCCAUUGCAAAGCGAACUAGGAAAGGCCCCCGCCCCCCUCUAAAGAUGCUCCAGUCCCAAGGUCACCUGUCUUCUACCUCACACUCCAGCGUGGGCCGUUUCUAGGAUGUGCCCCAAACCUGUUCUGAAUGCCUGCUCCCCAUGAGGUGGCUGCCUGGGGGGUCUACAUCCAGACCAGGAGCCCCAGAACUGGAGUCCAGCAAGGGGCCAGGCCAACACUGCCCUACGGAGCUGAGAAGGAAGGGGCUGUUUUUUCAGGGUGAGCCCUGGCUGGCUGGCAGGCAGGCAGCUGUGAGUCCUGUGGGACCGUGGCUGCAGUGAAGGGACUGCUAGUGGAAGUGGCGAAGCCACCAGGGGCUCCCCUGGGACCAGCUCUUUGAGGAAGCCAUUCCCAGGAGACCCCUGGAAUCUCUGGAGUGUGAAAAAAAAGGGCAGAAAACAAGAGCUGGCCAGUCGCCUCCUUCCCUAACAGGCACUUCCUCUUGCUCAGUGCAAUACCUCCCAGUGCUGCUAUGACCAGGGAUCUGCCCAGACCCCAGCAGGCCUCCGUGCCCACACUGCAGCUGGCACAAGCCCUCUGUUGCCUUUUCUUCCCUUGGAGCAAAGAGGCCCUGGGGGAACCUGGGCCGAGUGGACCAGAGAUGGCCACAGAAGAGCCAGUCUCUCCCAGAGCAGGCACCCCCACCCCCCAGGACCAGCCUUUCUGCAGCCA